CGCCCGCCAGGUGCCUCGAGAGUGCCCUCGGCUCCGGAGCUCCGGGCCCCGCGGCUCCCCCGCCGCGCCGCGCCGCGCCGGGGGGCGGGGGGCGACCUCGACAGGAGAGGGUCGCGGCGCGCGCUCUGCCCCGUGGCGUUUCACCGCAGCGAGCGCCGCGGACCGGCUGGAGCCGGCUCAGCCGCCGCGCCUGAGUCGCGCCGCCGCGGACGGGCUCGGGGACUGCGGGCGCGGGCGCGCACGGGCGGCGGGCGCCGUGUGGACCCUCAGCGGGCAGCGCGCCCCUUCGCCCGGGGCUGCGCCUGCGGACGGUUCUGGCCCCUGGCCCCUCAGCUUUAAGCCUGGGUGCCUCCGGCCCUACUCUACCGUUGCCUAUGGGGAUCCGAGAGUUUCCCGGCGGCGCACCCAGGGGCAAAAGCAUCGCCAUUGGCAUGAGGAGGUCACCGGACGUCAGCCCCCGGAGACUUUCCGACAUCAGCCCUCAGCUGCGGCAGCUCAAGUACUUGGUGGUGGACGAGGCGAUUAAAGAGGAUCUGAAAUGGUCGCGCUCCGUGGAGGACCUCACCAGCGGGCCCGUGGGGCUCACGUCCAUCGAGGAGCGGAUCCUGCGCAUCACCGGCUACUACGGCUACCAGCCCUGGGCGGCGAGCUACAGAAGGGAGGACCGCUCCCGGGAUUCUCCAGGCCCGGCGGAGGCCCCGGCGCCGGUUGGGGCGGAGGCCGGCGGGAGAGCGAGCCGCGGCUGCCGGCGGUGCUCGCGGGCGCAGCUCCAGAAGGUCUGCUGGGGCGUGGCGGUGGUGCUGUGCGUGUGCGCCUCCUGGGCGGGCGCCACGCAGCUCGCCAGGCUCACCUUCCGGCGGUUCGACGCGCCCUUCACUCUGACAUGGUUCGCCACCAACUGGAACUUUUUAUUCUUUCCGCUGUACUACGCCGGGCACGUCUGCACAGCGGCGGAGAAGCAGUCCGCGAAGCAGAGAUACCGGGAAUGCUGUCGAUUUUUUGGAGACAAUGGCUUGACUUUGAAGGUGUUUUUUACCAAGGCAGCACCCUUUGGUGUUCUUUGGACACUCACAAACUACCUGUACUUACAUGCAAUAAAGAAAAUAAACACUACGGAUGUCUCCGUUUUGUUCUGCUGCAACAAAGCUUUUGUGUUCUUGCUCUCAUGGAUCGUUCUCAGGGACAGGUUCAUGGGAGUGAGGAUAGUGGCUGCCAUCCUCGCCAUCGCUGGGAUCGUGAUGAUGACCUACGCAGAUGGCUUCCACAGCCACUCUGUCAUCGGCAUAGCCCUGGCGGUGGGCUCCGCGUCCAUGUCUGCCCUCUACAAGGUUCUCUUCAAGCUCCUGCUGGGGAGCGCUAAGUUUGGAGAGGCUGCCUUAUUUCUGUCCAUUCUGGGUGUGUUUAACAUCCUCUUCGUCACCUGUAUACCUGUCAUUCUCUACUUUACCAAAGUGGAAUACUGGAGCUCCUUCAGCGACAUUCCAUGGGGAAGCCUUUGUGGAUUUUCAGUCCUCUUAUUGACAUUCAAUAUUGUAUUAAAUUUUGGAAUUGCUGUUACAUAUCCCACUCUGAUGUCUCUCGGAAUUGUCUUCAGUGUACCUGUGAAUGCAGUGGUCGAUCACUACACCAGUAAGAUAGUCUUCAACGGGGUGCGUGUCAUCGCCAUCGUCAUCAUCGGCCUGGGCUUCCUCCUGCUGCUCUUGCCGGAGGAGUGGGAUGUCUGGUUGAUUAAGCUGCUCACCCAGCUCAAAGUGAGGAAGAAGGAGGAGACGGCGGAGGGCGGCGCGGACGCCGGCCCGGGGCCCCUGAACAAGAGCAGAAGAGCCCGCCCUUCCUUUGUCCGCUGACCUCAGCGCCGCAGAACUCCUGGAGAACACUCAUGCUAAUGAGCCGGAGGUCUGUUCCUGACAGGGGGAGCCUCGGUUUGGUAAGGUGUACAUACCUGUACAGUUUCGGUUACCUGCGGUAAGUCAUAUGGCAUUUUUUGGCAUGUCCAAUUCGCUUGCAGUCUUCUCACAUCAGACUUCUCACGUAAGGGCACCGAAGCACCAGGAAGAGCACUAUUCAAGUGAAUUCGAAGCAGGUUAAAAUUUUCCUUGCAUGAAUUAUUUUGGAUGACAGCCAUUCUGGACCAGGCAGGGCAAAUGUUUUGAAUCUCAGCAACUGAAAAUUACAUUGCACACUGUGAUUAUUUUUCAGCUAUGGUAGGUCAUAUUUUGUUUUAUACCAGAGCUGUACUUUCAAUUUUAAAGGAUUUCAAGGAACGAAAAGAUAAUUGUAAAUUAAUUUGGAUGGCUGGAUGGAUGGGAUGUCAAGCAUAAAAGCAUCAUGGACAGCAGAACCCAUGGACUGUGCUGAUAUGGGGUGGCAACUGGAGGUGGACAGGCCAGGGAACAGAAAGGGAAAGAUGAGUCCAAGACCCAGCUGGCUUGCUCUCCUGAGUCUGUGUAAGAUCAUGCAAGAGAAAUUACAGUGCCUUCUACAGAAUUUCUGUCUUUACCUAUGUGAAGCCAGGUGACAUUAUAAGUCACUGGCACUGUCUUAUAAUUUAGAUGUAGAAAUCUUUCAAAACAAAUAAAACUGUGUGUGUGUGUGUGUGUGUGUGUGUGUGUGUGUGUGUGUGCGUGCACAAAAUGACAAAGCUGAUGACCAGUGCACUGGAAGGUGGUUCACAGUGUGCAAUGCAUGUGUAAGGCAGACUAUGCAGGAAGUGAAUUGCUGGUUGCUUUUAUUUCAUGAUCAAGACUGAAAAAAUUAUUUACUGAACCUGUAAACCUUUCUAUGAAACUUUUAAGCACCAGGCUGUUUACUUACACAAUUUAGGUCUGCCAGAAAAUUCUAUCUGUGAUAGAUCUGUAAAGAGGGACAAGGGUAUUAGAGUUUACUAUUUUUGAAGUUUACAUUGUUAUAUAUGAAAUGGAAACCUUACUUUGAAAUAUUGUCAUUAUCAAUGGCGCACUCUGUAACCAUGGAGUCUUUCGUUUCAUAGGGGAAAGGGGCAUUCAUGACCUGAACUUUUUAGUAAAUUAACCUUCUCAUUUCCCAUUACCUGUUUGGCAAAACAGAUUAAUAAAC